AAAUAAAGAGUUCCCGCGGCCAGCAGGGGACUCACUCCAUCUAAUUAUUUCAACAAAUGGCACCUGUUCGCUUCAAAGGAGAUCACGGGAGGCCACGAAACUACUGUAUCCUGGUUCGCUCAGAACUCCGGUCUGACGUCUUGUACAUAGUUGAAAGUCCUGCCGCGAGUUCAUUUGGAAACACACUGUUGAAGAAAUCAACCGGAACAGGUGUAGGCGACCACUGGUCGUGAAUUUUAGCCUCGGGAGCAACAUAUAUAUUCGGAAAGAUGCGUCUGUUACUUCGACGGCGUUUGUCCCCCCUUAAACUGGUGCUCCUUGGGGGGACUCUCUUCUUGGUGGUCAUAGUGGUGCUCCAGAGGGAUGUUGGCCCCUCCCCAGGUGGUGACCCCUGGUUUCAGGAGCUGGUCGUAAAGAAGGAUAAAGUGAUGGUGAUGGUACGAGACGCUGUCAACAACAUUGGAUUCCAGAUCAGAGCUCCGCAGCCAGUGUCAGUCCUGGUGCAGCCCACCGAGGACACCAAAUGCCCCUCUGGAAUCUACACUCAGACUGAGCUCAAACCUCACCUGGAGAGACCGUCUCAGGACCCCAAUAGCCUCGGGGCUGAUGGGAAGGCAUUUUUGAAAGACAAUCUGUCCCCUGAGGAGGAGAAGGAGAAGGAGGAGGGUAUGACUCGCCACUGUUUCAACCAGUUUGCCAGCGACCGCAUCUCACUCAGCCGUAGUCUUGGGGACGACACGCGGCCUUCAGAGUGUGUGGAGAGGAAGUUUCGUCACUGUCCUCCUCUGCCUACCACCAGUGUUAUUAUUGUCUUCCACAAUGAGGCCUGGUCCACCCUCCUCAGGACGGUCUACAGCGUCCUGCACACGUCUCCUGCUUCGCUGCUCAUAGAGAUCAUCUUGGUAGACGACGCCAGUGUUGCAGAGCACCUGAAGAGCCAACUGGAGGACUAUGUGCGUCAGCUGAAGAUUGUCCGUGUCCUGAGGCAGCCGGAGAGGAAGGGCCUCAUCACUGCCAGGCUGCUGGGGGCCAGUGUUGCUCAGGGAGAAGUGCUAACCUUUCUCGACGCACACUGUGAGUGCUUCCACGGCUGGCUGGAGCCCCUGUUGGCCCGCAUUGUCGAGGAACCCACCGCUGUGGUUAGUCCAGAGAUCACCACCAUUGAUCUUACCACCUUUCAGUUCAACAAGCCCGUGGCCUCGAGCCGCGCUUACAACCGAGGUAACUUUGACUGGAGCCUGUCCUUCGGCUGGGAGCAGAUCCCUGAGGAGGCGAGGAAGCUGCGCAAGGAUGAAACCUACCCUGUAAAAACCCCUACUUUUGCUGGAGGUCUCUUCUCAAUCUUGAAGACAUACUUUGAACACAUUGGAACAUACGAUGACAAGAUGGAGAUCUGGGGCGGUGAAAAUAUUGAGAUGUCCUUCAGGGUGUGGCAGUGUGGGGGUCAGCUAGAGAUCCUCCCCUGUUCUGUGGUGGGACAUGUGUUCCGGUCCAAGAGCCCCCACACUUUCCCCAAGGGCACAGAGGUCAUCACUCGGAACCAGGUGCGCUUGGCCGAGGUCUGGAUGGACGACUUCAAGCACGUUUUCUAUCGCCGCAACAAGAACGCUGCCGUUAUGGCCAGUGAGAAUAAGUAUGGGGACAUCUCUGAACGUCUGAAUCUGAGAGAGAAGCUUCACUGCAAAAACUUCACCUGGUUCUUAAACACAAUCUACCCAGAGGCCUUCGUUCCAGACCUAAACCCAACAUUGUUUGGAACAAUUAAAAACUCAGGAUCACAGAGCUGUCUGGAUGUUGGAGAGAAUAACCAGGGAGAUAAACCAAUGAUCAUGUACACCUGCCACAACAUGGGAGGCAACCAGUAUUUUGAGUACUCCUCUCAUAAGGAGCUGCGUCAUAAUAUUGGAAAGCAGCUGUGUCUUCAUGCCACGCCGCAGCCAGAACCCGUGAAGCUGGAGCUAUGCCAGCGGAAGGGGAAGGGCACCAGUGUGGCAACGCAGGAAGAAUGGAUCCUAACAGAGGAACAUCUCCUGAAGAAUCCCAGCAGUGGGAAAUGUUUACUUCUGAAAGGAGCCCAGGUUCAGAUGGGCGACUGUAAUGCUGCUGACCUCUUCCAGCACUGGACCUUCAGCUGACCUCCCCAUCCGCCCAUCAGGUGACCCCCUCACCAUGUGUCCCCUUCCUCAGACUUGGGCCCCAUGGAGCCAGCUCAACAUUGAUCCAGAAGGAUUUCAUGCUGUGGAGCUUGGGGCAUUCGGCCCUACUUAGUGGACAUUCAAACAUGGAGGAAAAAGAAAAGACAGUCCUGGUCACUUCACAGAGGAAGACGUUUGGGUUGGCCUAAAUCUGUUUUUAAUGUAUUUAUGAUGGACUCUGAAGAAAAAUCUUUAAAGGUGGCUGGGGAUUAUCAGAAACUUGGCUUUGGCUUUCAGCAGUGGCAGCUUGACUGUGAUAGAUUGGCUGUGAACUGCAAUUAUCUCAUUUCAGUGAAUUUACACUCCAGCUUGAAAAAUUAAAUAGCCCUUUAGUGCCUUUUUUUGUUCUGACAAUGAAUGUUGAAACAUGACAAUAAGCAAGUCUUACUCUUAACCCAAAAGCAAGAGAUGUCUGUUUUUAAUAAAAAGAAAGAAGAAAAAUUA